AUGAGCCUCGAGCAUUGCGCACGUAGACUGGUUGCCGGGUUUCAUCCCUUUUUUUUCCUCAUCCUCACUCUUCUUUUUCUCUCAAGUUCAAAGUCCCUGAGCAUGAUAUUUCACGCCUCAAGGUUCAGCGCCCCGGGACGUAAAGUGCCCCUCUCCGAGCCCCGCCGAAGCGAAGCACGCCGCUCAUGCCAGCCCACGCAUGUGUUCUCUCGUUUGGAGAGGGGCGCAAAGUGGUUGUGUUUGUGUCGUGUGUUGCUGUGGCGUGCGUGUUUUUGGAGCGCAUGCCGCGCCGCAACUGUCCUCAGACAGGAAUUUCGACCAACGCCGUUGCGUUUGGGGUGCGAUCCAUUUCAAGAUGAGCUUCUAGGCGCGUCCGUAUAUUGCCCUACGCCGCCACGAACCUUCGCGUUUGGGGAAUGCCCUUCCCCCGAACGCAAGAGUUGA